UCCCUAUCGUCGUGACAAGCUAAAGUAAUUCUAAUAGUUCCGACAUACCGCCGUUAAUAACGAAGUUUUCCGCCGUGUUACGCAACGAAAUCGAGCCAUUUUUUCGAACAUUUCCGCGGAUUCAGACGCGCUGUGGCCGAAACUGGUGGAAAUCGGCGGAAAAUCGGCCGGAUUUUCCUCGUUUUUGCAAUAAAUUCACUAAAAUCCGUCAUCGCCGUUACAAGCAUGUGUAUCGUUUAGCGCUCGGCCGUCUUCGGCCGCCUUCGCGCCGUACGUGCUUUUGGUGGAAUAGCGACGACGCAUAUCGCAUAGGUGGCGUUGUGAGACACAUUCAGGGAAGAAUUUUGUGAUGACAUGGCAACUCGGGACAAGAAGCUUUCUGUUUCAAGAAAGCAAAACACAUCUUCCCCUGUACCACCUAAAGAAGAUUUAACAAACACUGAAAUAAGUUCAAAUAAUGAAACGUCGGAGGAAAAUCAGCCGGUUAAAAAUGCCGCGGCGAAAAUGUCACCGAGUAAAGCACCUUCAUUAGCAAAGAAAUUAGCAAAUAAAAACCCCCCAAAGAAGUUAGCAAAGAAAGCUAUUAGAAUAAAACUGAAACCCACCAUCAAGAAGAACGUGAAGAUCAAACAAAAAAUAAUUAAAGCAAUGUUGAGUAAUCCUAAAAGUUCGGAAACCAAAAAGAAGUUGCUCAAAACGUGUGUUAAGCAAAUAAAACCAAAAAAGACGAAAUUGUUAAAGAACGAUAAGAUGGAGGAAAAUUUGCCUCCGGUUUUGGAACCAAUUCUACCGAUCGAAGAGGAAUUAGAAAACAAGCAGUCAAAGAAAAAAGGUGCAAAACCUCCUCGCAUCGAUAACUAUUCGAAGAAAACUAACACCUCGGAUACCGAGAAUUUGGUUAUCGAUCCAGCGAAAACUAAGCGAGUUUACAAGAGGAAACCAAAAGCGGAAAAUACGUCUACGGAAAGUAUUGAAGACGUUAUAAGUGAUCUGACUUCGCUUAUUAAAGCUGGCGAUGUUAAAGAGGAGUCCGAUGUUACGUCGGAAUGCAGUAAAAGCGAUUCGGUAAAGCCGAAGAAAGUACUGAAGAAGAAGAAGAAAGAGAAUAUAGAGAAUACGUUAAGCGAGUUGAGUCCAUCGGAUCGUAAGGUUAUCGACAUGUUGGAUUUAAAUGUUAGCAAAUUCAAGGAUUUACCUAUCGCGAAAAGGCGGCACAGUAUUGAAAAAUUUCCGGUGGGUGCUGUGGAUGCGGAUGGACAAAGUCUUGGCAGAUUAUCAGUAUUGAAUAAUUUACCGAGAUGUAUUAGUCCUCGUACGAAAAGUGUUCCCAAACUUCGACAGACCCCAGACGGAGUCAAUCGUCGCCUUAAUCCAUACAAGACUCGAUCGGACUCGCCAGCAAGGAUAUUACGAAACGGCAAACAAAGAAAACUUAAGGAUCUAGGACUGCUAGAAGGUCUAGUAGAAACAGCAUACAAGAGACGCAAAAGGAACUGCUCCGAAUUUAGUGGCAGCGAAGUGUCCGUUUCGAAACUUUCAGGCUAUGAGUCCGAUAGUAGUUUCUCAGACUUAUCAUCCAUUCAUGGUGCUGAAAAUACCGAACAUAAAGAUGUAGAAAAUAUCAAACCGGAAAAAAAAGAUAGCUUCGACGGUAAUGAAGAAUUUUCGGAUAGUGUUCAAAUCACAAAGAAAAGACGAACCUUGUCGAACGAAGCAGAAAGCAAUAGUCAAAAUAUGGCAAACUUUACCGAUACCAACUCGAAUUUGUGUUUGAAUAAUAAGGAAAACACCCCCAUCAAAUGCGAGGACGAGGUGAUUGAAGCUACCACGGUUAGUCCGAGUUCUAAAGUUCCUGAUAAAUCGAUUAUUCUUGAUAUAAUGAAACAAGCAUUUAACGAUACUUUUGACGAAAAAGAAGAUAAAGAAAGGAAAUUGACGAAGCAGAAAAAUGUGAAACAAAAGUUAGACACUGUUAGCACUGAAAGUUUUUAUAAUAAAACAGCGGAUGUAAAAGACGAGGAAGAAACGCCGUGCAAAAGUGUAGUAGAUACAAAUGAAGUUCAAGAAGUCACGGAUUUGACCGAAGAAGUAUGUAAUAAUUCUCAAAACACGGAAUCUGAAAAAAUUGUGACCGAAAGCGCCGAGGCUGCAGAAGAAACAAGUGCACAAAAUUCAAAGGACACUCACGAAAACGGAGUGAACGGAACUACGGAAGAAUUCGAACCGGUUGUGCAAAAUGGCGAAUCGCACAAACCAAAACAAGCGAUUGAAGAAACUCCGGAGAAUUUGGCUAUUAAGGAGAAUAUUCUGCAGGCGUUGGGGUUGCAAAGUUUAAAGGCAGCUAAGGAAGCUCGACUUAAAAGUAAAGAGAAGUCUGAACAAAAGUGUGAUUAUUACCAAGGUUCCCUUAAAGCUGUUAUUAAAAUUAAUCGUAAUGAUAAGAAAAAAGGAAAGAAUACCAUGAAAAUGACUUUGCAAAAGAACAAGAACAAAAUUAUGGAUUCCGAUAACCGUGGGAUGGACGAUGCGUUGAAAGCAGCAAAGGACGGACCUUCUACAAGUUGGAAACACAGUGGUCAGUCGUCAGAUACGGCUGGUGCGCACAGAAAAUCACAUUAUUCUAACCGCUCUAACAUGGAUGGAAGCAGUGAGCAUACAUCCGAUGGAGAAACCGUCGGUCAAGAAGGGUCGACUAAAGCUUUGGUCAUACCAGAAAAAGCUAGCUCCUUCAGUAUACAUCCUGGAAGGAUUUGUAAAGACGAAUGUUCGUAUUGUUUUGGAAAGUUCGGUCUUUUCGACACACCUUGUCAUAUCGCACAAAUGAAGAGUGUCGAUAGACAGAAUAAAAUUUUGUCCGCUGAAAAACAUUUGACCAGAGAUUCGUGUCUUUGUGAUGCUUGCUAUCGUCAUGUUGAUCGCAAAGCUAAUACGCCUUCAUACGUUAAUAAAUCAUACAAAAGAAGUGCUACUGUAGCACCGGGUCCAAGGCAAGACCACUGCCACGUUUUAGGAUGUCAUAAAAUGGCCAUAAACAUUUUGCGACGGAAAUGGAUUAUUAAAAUGAGGAGAAGCAUAUGCGAAGUGAUAAACAUAGAUUUAGAUAAUCCAGGUCUUCAUUCAAUUCCCAUUUGUGAUGAACACUAUUCGGCACUUGAAUACCUUAUGGUGUGUGCAAUGUGUAAGAGAAGGUUAGCAAAGAAUCACAUCCACUAUUUGGGACCUGAAACUGUAGAUUUGAAUUCCGCAUUGUCAGCUGAAGGAGUACCCUUGUCGUUGACUGACAAACCAGUCGUGUGUAAAUUGUGUAAAUAUUUUGCAGCGAUCAUUCUUAAGCCUUUGGAAGAUCGUCCUGAAAAUAGUUCGACGUUUUUCAGAGAAUAUAAGAAAAGAUUGCUGCAUUUCAACGAUAUCGUACCAAUGGACGAAGCAGCCGCCGAAGAACCGAUAAUUAUUCCUGCAAAAGAUAACAAAAUCGAAAAGGAACAAGUGCGGAAGAAGCGGAAACUGUCGAAAACCCAACCCGGAGAUGGUGGUUCUGAUUCUCAGGUAGAAAUAGACAAAUCUGACCAAAGUCGUGUGCCUUCAACUGAUUCCACUAACCAAUCUCGUCCCGAGUCUCCUUCCGAUUAUAUGGUGGAUUACAAUACCUUAAUUCCGUCUAUUGCUAUGGAGUGUGGUAGCGACAGCGAGUCAAAGAAAGAAAACUCGACCAAACCCGUACAAGCCAAGAAGCUUCCGCGCCCAGAAACCGUGAAACAAGCCGUAGAAAUAUCAAAGAACAUGAAACUAAAAAGUGACAAAAGUAGUGAUAUAGCUGUGCAAAGACUGGGUUCGAAUCCUUCCAUAUCGGUUAGACAACUGUUUCCUUGCGAAGAAGAUCUUCCACUCCAAGGUCAUAUCGAAUUCGGAAAUGUAAAAGAGCGCACUCCCGAGGGAUGGGAAAAGUGCACUUCCAUCAUACAGUAUGACAUGGAAACCAAACAUUUAUGGCAGGAGUUGCAAAAGCCAUAUGGAAACCAAAGUAGCUUUUUAAGGCAUUUAAUUUUAUUAGAAAAGUAUUUCAGAAAUGGCGACCUAGUUCUAGCUCCAAACGCUAGUCACCAUUCUAUUAAUUAUAGUGAAUCGGUGCAUAAUAGACUGAGGGCGUAUGAUAACAUACCAUCCAAUGCGGGUAAUGUGCAACCACUGAGUAUGUUACCAUUCAACAAAGCCCAGAGUUCUCAGAAGAGUAACGGCGCGGUUACGACUAGUACAAACGCGAAUCCUAGUGUGGUUAAUAAGGAAACACAUCCCGCGGUAUCGGCGACGGUUAACGCCGCCAACGUACCCAAGAGCACCCCCAUCACAAUUUCGCAAUUGAACAGCCCACCGCUGAUACCUCCUCCUGCCUCCACUGUAGCAAAACCCAAACCCGUCGGAGCCCCUCCAGGAUUAAUAUCCCUCCAUCCCGGCACGAACAGACCAGUGGCCCCUCUAGUCAAAGUUCCACAGUCCCAAAAAAUUAAAUUCCCGAUCACCAAAAACUGGAGACCUAAUCUGAUUCCCAUUGAUCCGAGCAAAAAGAAUCCUGAACGAAAAGCGGGUCUGGUUCAGGUGAUCUCCGGCGGUAAACCGUACCAUAUCACUCUAGAGGACUAUAAGAAGAUGUGUGCUAUUAAAAAGAGCUUCGAGUUGAAGCAGAAGAGACUGCAAGAAGCGUCGAACGCCGGGAAACCUGUGAAAGUGUCGUAUAACUCAGUGUUAAAGUCGAUGGCGCCCAGGAAGGGUUUAGUGAUCUCUAAAACGACGACUGCUACGAGUCCGAAGAACGAAGCGAGUGAAUCUGAAAAUAUUUUGGAUAAACUAGACAAGCAAGUCGAAAAGUUAGAAUCUAGACUCAGUGAGAAUAAACCGCCCCUAACUUUACCUAAAAUACCUAAAUCGUUGACUGUCAUACCGCAGACGGUUACCCGAAAACCUUCGCGGCCUUCCAGUCCUGUUUUGUUGAUUACUCCAAAACCAAAACAAAUUACAAACAAGUCAUGAUUAAUUCUGACGAUGUUUCAAAGUGCCUCUGAAAUUUGUCUUAUAUCUUUCAUUGUAUACAAUUAUAUAGAGAUUAGUAUAUAUCUACAGUUUUUGUUUUCCUUUUAUUUUAUGAAAAUUGUUGGCAAAAUUUUGUAUUUUGCUUUUAAUUAUUGUUAUAAGAUUGACACAACUUAGAGGAUAUUUUUUUAAUGAAGAACUUUGUAAAUACAUACAUACUUUAGGAUAAUAAAACACUCUCAGAUCUUUUUGUAAACUUAUCAUUGACGUAUGUGUUCAAUUGUUAUUAUACACGAGUUAUUUGUCAUUUAAAAUUACAGCAAUAAUUGCCAUUAUCAACUUCUCGUCUCAGAGUACUUAGAACAAAAGUAUUAAUUACGAUUUUCCCUAUUUACAUUCUGACCUCUGUUUGUAUAAAGUUUUUGUCCAAAUGCUCACAAUAAUCUUACUUUUACAUGUUCUACCAUCUAAUUUAUUACUACUUUAGUAUUUUUGUAUAUCCAUCUGUUAGAUUUUUGAACUUGUUUAUUGGAAAUACAAAGAAUCGUAAACUGUGUUUUACAGAAAAUGUAAAAACAGUCAGAUUGUGAAAAUGAAAAGUCUGAAAUAUUGUUAUUUUUCUGAAACUUGUAAAAAGCCCAAAUAUUUGAAGUUACUAGUUAAUUCAUUAAUAUAAUUUUUAUUUAUGUAUAUAAAAAUGGGCGUUAAAUAAUUAAAUAAAUAAUUUAAUUUA